AUGGAUACCGACAACUUUUUCAACGAGUACCUCGCAGACGUGGGAUUCGCUGCGUUGCCACACAUAAUGCACAACGACCACGACGACAGUCAAUUUUUUGGCCUUGGCGGGCACGAUGAGCAACAGCAUCAAAUUGGCCACUUUGCGUCAGGGAAAGAGCUGUUUGGCGAUAACGACUGCAUGGACGGCACGGUCUCGCCCUCUUGGCUGUCGCACCUCCAAUUCGAACCCACCAGCAAUCCCGAGUCAUCCGGCGACCCAAGCCCUGUUUUUUCUGGGUCCAUCGAUGAAGACAUGGGGCAAUUGCAAGCCGAUACCAAACAUUUCGAGGACGAACCAGAGGCUCUCACGCACCUGUUGCUCGACCCCGAGCAGGAGAAAAAGCCCGAGUCGGUAUUUCUAGGGGCAAACUCGGACGAGUUGCAAGCCUUGGAGAUCUCCAUCGACGAUGUGCAUCUGAAGCGGGAAGAGGUGGAGGACAUGGCAAUGUCUCCAAUCACAUCCAGUGCGGCGACGUUGAGCGUCAGGAAGAGGCGCAAGCGGUCGACCGCGGGCAACAAUGACAAGGUCCGGCGACAAAAGUUUUUAGAGCGAAACCGCGUGGCAGCUAGCAAGUGCCGGCGGAAGAAGAAGGAAGCGGAGCAGGCACUAGAGGGACUGCAGAAGCAGAUGGAAGACGACCACAUGGCUCUAAAGUCGCUGCGGGCAACGUUGGUGUCCGAGUUUGCAGAGCUGCAAAGUAUGUUGAUGGCCCACAGCGGCUGUGGGAGUGCAUCUGUCGAUCAAUGGCUUGCAACACGGUCGACCCGCCUAGAGGGCAUACUGGGAAAAGAGGCUCUGGACGCCGAGUUUCAGAAGCCGUUGGAGGACCAGCCAGGAGACGGUGCAGACGAAACGCCAACGAUGCAGCAUCUGCCGCCUGCCGAAAGUCAGGCGGCUCACCACACAUCACACAACGCAGCCUAUCAAACGCCACGGACACUUCUACAGCACUCACCGUUGGCCACGGAGCAGUUUCAACCGUCAGCCGAUCCAGUAUUCUCAGCAAACUACGAUCAUUCUCCCCGGCUUUGUGCAGGUGACUUCACACUGUUGCCGUCGGCAAACAAGAACAUGCGCAAUGCGAGCCUCGCAUCUAGCUUCGCGUCAAUGACUUCAUACGCCAGCUCCAAUUUUGCCGCAUCUGACUUUGAUGCCCAGCGGAAAAGUAGCACGGACUCUACUGGGUCGUCCUACAAAUUAUCACCCAUAAGCUCGGCGUAUGCAGACUUCUCUGAUUCGAUGGUGGUAGAUCUGACCAAACCUGAGGCGCAAAUGGAGCUUCUGGCAGAGACGUCCUUCGAGUCUAUCUGCAGCUCUUAA